AUGAGUAGUCCAAAAGGCUUGAUAUACAGUUUUGUGGCUAAGGGAAAUGUGGUAUUAGCAGAGCACACAUCUUACUUGGGGAACUUUAGUACCAUUGCUGUUCAGUGUUUACAGAAGCUUCCUUCCAAUAGCAGCAAGUACACAUACUCUUGUGAUGGGCACACAUUUAACUUCUUCCUAGAUGAUGGAUUUGUUUUUCUUGUUGUUGCAGAUGAAUCAGUUGGGAGGGGUGUCCCUUUUGUGUUUCUUGAACGAGUGAAGGAUGAUUUUAAACAGCGGUAUGGUGCUAGUAUUAAAAAUGAGGCACACCCACUUGCUGACGACGACGACGACGACUUGUUUGAAGACCGAUUUGGCAUUGCCUACAAUCUUGACAGAGAGUUUGGGCCAAGACUUAAGGAGCACAUGCAGUACUGCAUGAACCACCCAGAAGAGAUCAGUAAGCUAUCCAAGUUAAAGGCUCAAAUAACGGAGGUCAAGGGGAUUAUGAUGGACAACAUUGAAAAGGUUCUGGACCGUGGAGAGAAGAUUGAACUUCUGGUAGAUAAAACAGAGAACCUCCAGUUCCAGGCUGACAGCUUCCAGAGGCAAGGAAGGCAAUUACGACGGAAGAUGUGGUUUCAGAAUCUCCAAAUGAAGUUGAUCGUGGGAGGAACAGUCCUUGUCUUGAUUCUGAUCCUGUGGAUGUUUGUUUGUGGAGGUUUCAAAUGUUAG